GAGAGAGCUGCUUUCAGGGAAUGAGCCCCUCAGCUCUCACUGGGGGCUGCAAAGCCUCAGUCUCUUAGAGCCUUUUACCAGCUGGCCCUACUGUUGCUGCCACUGGCUCUGAUAAUCCUUCUCAGCCAAGGCCAGGCUGAGGGAGAAGGAUUGAGGGUUAAGUUGCUGAGGGUGACAAGAGGCCAGGGGAACCAGCAUGCCAGGAAACCAGGAUGCUUACAAAAUCUGUAAGCAUUAGGAUGUAAGUGUCAGGAUUAGGGCAAAAUCCUGUGCCAUGGAAGAGCUCUGUGUACCAGAAGAAGGACUGAAGGCACCGCUCAGACUGGAAUACUGGGUCAGUCAGUUUAGGGGUCAGAGUGUGGGAAUGCGGGAAUAUAGACUGUUUCGUGACUCUGCUUUCUCUUCCAGGUCCCCUAUUUGGUGACGUGUCUUUUGAAACGGUGGAAGGCACGCGCGUUGGUAAAGCACUGCACAGUCCUCUCCAGUCCUGUCCCCAUCUGGGCCCUCGCUGCUCUUUGCUGCCCGUUUCCCCUCAGCCCCUCCCUCUUUCCAGCCACAAUCUCCACUUUUCUAGCCUUCUCUAUAGCACCUUGCCAGAUUUUCUGACCUCAAAGGUGACAAACUGCUAGUCUUUGUUGUUUUGAGACAGACUCAUGGAACCCAGGCUAGCCUCGAGCUCCUUAUAUCCCCACAGCGAUCACAGGCUUGUGCCAGCAUGCCACCCUUAAGUGGUGUUGGGGAUCAUGCCAAGGACUUCAUGCAUGCUAGGCAAACAAUGUACCAGCUGAACUACAUCCAAAGACCUCACUUUGAGGGUCUUGAGUUCACACUGGAAUUGAGUACCUGACGCAGAAUCCAGAAGUGGACCAAUCAUCCCGACAUUUUGACCUCUGUCUUUUUCUCCACAGGUCCUACAGACUGUGUCUUCCUCCUGAUUCCACCCAGAGAGUUGCGGUUGUCCCUCAGCUCCCCAGGGACAGCUCUCAUUCUCUGUCUCCAUACAUCCCCAGCGAAUGGCUGAGGAAACGUGAGGAGCCAAGCUUAGAUGCAGGCUCCGGACUGAGCACGCCACAGCCAGGUAGAAGAGGCUGUGUGUCCCCUUGGCCUGCUGCUGAUGCCUACAGCAGAAUGAGGCUGCUGCAGCCACACUGUGCACAGAAGGCAGUCUUGGCCACCAGCCACAGCUGGCUUCAGAGAUCCCCACAGUGACUGUUAGGUGUUUCUAACCACUGGUCUUGUCACCCCAUCCCCUUCCCUCCUGAUUCAAGGCAAUGUUGCCUCAAAACAAGGACCAGGUGCUGCUACAGAACGCAGCACCCCCAGAGUGUCCCCCUCAGGUCCUCUCACAGUUUGUGGACUCCCCUCCACCCAACUUAGCAUUUCUUUCUCCCCAUCAGACCCUCUCUUCUUCCCACUUGCCAUUGCCCACCACGCAGCCAUAUUUUUUCUCUCUUCUGACACAGACCCACACUCCUGGGCCUCACAUCUACUCUUCGGACUCAAAUUCUGACUUUGCCCCUCUUCUCUACUCCUCUCGCCCAAGAUCCUCUCCCUCCCCCCAUUCCACGUCUCCUUCCAAGUAUCAGGUCUGCCCCUCUCCCCCUCUUACCCGCUCCUCCUCUCUUUCCCAGCUACAAAGUUCCUCUCCUCACUCCUACCAGUCCUCUUCCUGCCUCCAGGACUUUCAAAGCUCCGCGAUCACUUCCCCCAGCCCCACGUCACCUUCUCCAGAGAUUCCGAGUACCGAGCAAGCAUGGCAGGGACCUCCAUCCAGAAGCAUCAGGUCCUCUGGGGUAGCAGGGGAAUGUGUGCCAAGCAAGGUGGACCCUGCAGAAUUCAAGGACGUAGAGGCCCUCGCCCAAGCCCUGGUGGACCAUGUGGGGCGCCGCAGAAUUGCACAAGACCUGAAGCUAGAAUUUCUGCAGCACAUGUGGCUAGGCACAACCGGCCGGGCCCCAGUCCUGGAGUACCCCAUAUGUCUAGUGUGCCUUCAGCUCCGCACCCUGUCUUGUCCCAACCCCAAGUACAAGACUAUACCCCAGCUGCUUGCCUUCCCUCAACUCCUGCCCUGUGCCCAGCCCCAGGAAUCUGGGCGCCUCCGACUGGGCAUUGGAUUCAGUCUCCGCCUGUCUCAGCACCAGGCCAAGGCUUUGCAUCUCCUGCCAAAAAAAAGUACGGAGGGAGUAGAGUCCCAGGAAGAGGCCCUCCAGAGUCAAAAGCCUGCAACCCAGACAUCAGUUCAAAUCGCUGGCAAAUCCUUCCAGUCCGGGAGCCUCCGGUCUGUAGACCUUCAAUCACCAAAACCCAGCCAGUGUUUCAGGUCUCUACUUCAGGAGACAAGACAGGCCACUGCAUCCCCAAAGCCCAGGCCUUCUGUCUCAAAGAGGUCUGUGCCCCUAAAGUCUAUUCUCCGAAAGUCAUCAUCUUAAUUCCAGAGCAGCGGAGACCCUCUGGAACACCCUCUCCAAACCCCACCCUCCCUACCAGGCCUUCUCAGACCUUGGGGAGGCACAGAGACCCCUUGAAGGGCUGGCUGGCCAGAAGCCAGGUGUGUUCUCCUGCCCUGAACCCUAGGAACCCCCUGUGGAGUCUGGUCUCCCCUAGUUAAUGAGACCAGAGGCACCCAAGGCCUCAUUUAGCCCUCAGUGUAUCCAAUAAAGCCUAAC